CAGUGCUUUAGUGGCUAAACGUGAAAGAAGGUUGUGUGUUUUUCUCUACACCAGCUUUGGAAAUUGCUUCUUUUCAACGGAGAAGGAUCCAAAGGGAGUCUGAGCUCUUGAACAGGUGGACACUGGACGUCCUGGAAUGUCCACAAAUAGCGGGGGGAGGAGAAAUAAGACAGUUUAACGGUGCGGAAACAAGGGAGAAGGUAGAAAUGAUGACAUAGUGACGAUGCAAGUUUACUUUCUGUUGCUUCUGAGCAGGUUGAUGAGAUCCAGUGUGAGCAGGGGCGGUGCUCACGCCAACAUGACACGCACAGCUUUUUUUUUUGUCCACACCCAUGUGAAGCAUUAAAGAUGCAAAGUCCUUCCAACUUCAAGCUUUCACCACAAGACGUUUGCAACAUUUAGUCUUGGUCGUCUGCGCGUCCUGGUCCCGGUCCUGCUUAAUGGCCAUUAAUUAAGAAUUAAUCCUCCACCCUGGAUGCCAUUGUUGCAGCGCACUGUCCUUUUUCAAUGCAAAUGCGUGAGAGAGGCAGCGAGGUUCUUAUUAAACUGAUGUGUCCUCCCGUCUGUCCUGCUGGGACCACAAGAGACUGAAAAGACAACUGGAAGGAGCAAGUCUGACAUCUUUUGGGUUUUGCUGCGAAAACAAACAAAUGUCACGUUCUGGAGCUCUGGAGACGGUGAUGUCCUGCGGUAGAACCGGACCCUCCGCGGCUGCCAAGACCCUCGCCUUCUCUAUAGACCGGAUCAUGUCCAAGGGCUCGGAGGGCGGCGCCGAGGAGCGGUCGGAGGGAAAGAAGCUGCUCGGGUUCUGCUCUCCGAUUCCCUGCAUGAUCCCGCUGCAGCCCUUCGGCUAUGACUUCCAGGCCAAGGCCCUGAUGAACUACUCGGAUCUGUGGAGGUCCAGUCUCAGGGGGAGCGCGCCGUGCAAGGCGAACUGCUGCGUGUGCGCCAAAGUGGACUCCGGGCUGAAGCAGCCCGUGUUGGCGCCUGGGAGUCGGCUGGUAAAGCCGCAGGUGAUCCACCAGGCUCUGGCCGUGCCGAGCGGUUCUUUCUACUAUCUCAACUACCUGGACCCUGCCUUCCCCCAGUCGGACUUGCUGGCGGGACACUGGUUGUCCAGCCAGCAGACUCAGGCGUCCAUCUCAGCCCAGCACAGACUUUUACUCCUGGACAAUGGCAAGGUGCCGGGCGGCCUGGGGGGCGACAAGGCGCCCACACCCCAGUACCCUCACAAGGAGCAUCUUCCCGGGCAGCUGGACCAGAUAGUGAAGGACAAUCACGCCGAGAAGAACUCCUUCAAGACGCACAACAAACUUUGCAGCAACGGCGGCGCUGGAGAAGGAAAACCCAAAAACUUCACAUGUGAAGUCUGUGGAAAGGUUUUUAAUGCUCACUACAAUCUGACCAGACACAUGCCGGUGCACACCGGAGCACGGCCGUUCGUGUGCAAAGUGUGCGGGAAAGGCUUCCGGCAGGCCAGCACUUUGUGCAGACACAAGAUCAUCCACACACAGGAAAAGCCUCACAAAUGCAACCAGUGUGGAAAAGCCUUCAACAGAAGCUCGACCCUCAACACGCACGUUCGCAUCCACGCGGGAUACAAACCUUUUGUCUGUGAAUUCUGCGGAAAAGGAUUUCACCAGAAAGGCAACUACAAGAACCACAAGUUGACCCACAGCGGCGAGAAGCAGUACAAGUGCUCCAUCUGCAACAAGGCCUUCCAUCAGAUCUACAACUUGACCUUCCACAUGCACACGCACAACGACAAGAAGCCCUUCACCUGUGCCACCUGCGGAAAAGGCUUCUGCCGCAACUUUGACCUGAAGAAGCACAUCCGGAAGCUGCACGACAACAGCUUCUCCUCCGCCGCGAGCCGCGCCGAGACGUGCUGAGACGUCUGCUUGUCAGCCGCACGAGCGAGUUCAAGGUAACGCCCGCUUAACGUCCACGUGAUAACACGAAUCCGUCAUCCCUUUGUUGCCUGGCGCGUGUGAGCGCAACACAGCAGGAGGAAUGAUUGAAAUGUACAUAAUGCAAAGAAAUGUUAUUUAAGAUAAGAUGCCAGCCGUUUCUUUAUUCCACCGAAUUGCUUUUCAUGUCAAUGAAAGUUAUAACUUAUAAAAAUGAUGAUGAAUGUUU